GCGAGAUCUGGCUGCGAAUUCCCGUGUUGGUUUGUGAGCGACGUUCCUCUCCUCAGGAACUUCGCCGACAUCAUGUUGUCCCGCUUACUGAAAGAUCAUCAGGCCAAGCAAAAUGAACGCAAAGAACUCCAAGAAAAGCGGAGGAGGGAAGCUGUUGCAGCUGCUACCCGUCUCACUGAAGCACUGGUGGAUCACCUUAAUGUUGGAGUGGCACAGGCCUACGUGAAUCAGCGGAAACUGGACAAUGAAGUAAAAACUCUGCAGAUCCAGGCUGCCCAGUUUGCCAAACAGACUCAACAGUGGCUUGGUAUGGUGGAUAACUUCAACCAGGCACUAAAGGAAAUUGGAGAUGUUGAGAACUGGGCGAGAAGUAUUGAGAUGGACAUGAGGACUAUCGCCACUGCUCUAGAGUACGUCUACAAAGGACAGCUACAACCUGCGACAUGAUACAUCAAAUGUGGAGCUGAGAAAUGGGCAUUUUGUGAGAAAGAAGCUGAAACACCUUCACAGUUUAAAGCUGACGUUCUAAACACAAGCUAUAAAGCAGGGUUUCCAACAGGAAGGUUGCAGUAAGGCUGGAAUGCCCUUCCUGAUGAGGACUGUUAUAUUGUCCACCCACUGUGAUGAUCGUUAAUUACAAUAGCCUCAGAUUGAAUGCAGAUAUCUAAGACUUGAUGCAUUUGUUUUUGUUUUCCUAGGUGUGUAAUAAUCCAGGAAGGAUAAUGUGAAAUGCUAAGAUCUUGAAUAAAAUACAUGCAGGCCUAUUUCAUCAUUCAUUGCUAAAGUAACGCAUGUGUCUCUCUGGUUGCUAGCAGCAAAUUUUGUUUCAAUAAGACACACCAGAGAGCAUUCUUAGUAAAAAUAUUCAGUGGAAUACUGCUCUGUUGAAAACAAAAUGAUUAUAUUUUGAUUAGAUUCCCCCGAAAGCCCAGUCCUCUGUGCCAAACAAUUUGCAUCGUGUUGCUGUAUUGUGUAAUACUGCACUGGUAUUUAUUUUGCCAACUAAGAGGACAUUGUUCCUUUUCCUUCCUGCAGUUUGUCAGUGGGAUGAUGUCAAUUGCCAGUUUGCAGUUAUUGCUUCUCCUUCUUGCAGUGCACUUGUCACUAGGGUGACCUUCCUUGCCAGACUUUGCAGCUGCUGCUUCCCCUUCCUGCAGUGCAUUCUUGAUGGGUGGCUUGUUCGUUGUAUCUGUUGCUUCCCAUUCUGCAGUUCAUUGUCAGGCAGAUAACUCGAUUUGCCAGCCUCUGCUCUCAUGGCUGCUGCUUCCUGUUCUUACUGGGGUGGACCUCGCUUGUUUACUGGUGCUCUGUUUGCUGCAUUCUGGCAUUCCGCAGAAUUAGCAUCCUAAAUAAAACGAAUGCUUUUUUGUUUAAAUGAGCCAAAUUUUUGUGCAAAAGUGUGAUAUUGCCCCACCCAAAAGCAUCUAUCAGCAUACUGAUGUCUAUAAAUAAACUAUUAAAAAUUA